AUGCAGUGGAGCAGAAGAGCUCUGCUGCUCACUGGGGGAGUAGCCCUCCCUGCCUUCGCCUUCGAGAACAGGAUCGUGGAUCUCCGACCGGAGCUGGAUGGGGUUCCCUAUGGAGCACGAACAGCUGUGCCGGAGGGGGUGGGGGAAGGUACCGCCCUCAAGGGCUGCCCCCCACCCUUCAAAGCUGCUCGGCCUGCUCCGAAUUGCUUCAGCUCCUUCAUAGACCCCAAGAAGGACCGGGACCACUACUACAAACCAUUCAAGUACAACAAGGAUGAGAAGGAAGCCAUGAACGAGCUGCUUGCUGCUGUAAAGGCGUAUCCGCCAGGGCAGGCAAACAUUGAUGCAGGAGGGUGGAAGCUUGUCAGGAAUGAUGAUAGAUACAUCUAUGUGCAGUAUGAAAGCGGCAAGAUUGGUUAUCUUGACGAUCUUGAGUUCUUGAUGGAUCCCGAGACUAAGUCUGUGAAUGUUCGAUCUGCAAGCCGCGCCGGUUUCCUUGACUUCGGAGUGAAUGCCAAGAGGAUCAACUGGUACGCCAAGUACCUUCGCAACCUUGGAUGGGAGACGACCGACGUGACACCUGACAACUAUCGUUUUUACUUCAAGCAGAACGGUACAGAGUGA